UCAAUUUUUUUACAUCUAAGUUUCAAAACUCCAAUUUUCCCUUUAAAAUAUUUUUGUUCACUUUCAGUUUUUUUUUUAUUUUUAAUGCAAAGGAUUGUCAACAAUGCACCUAUUUCCAACAUCGGAGUCUUACCUGUCCUUCGGCAGACCAUCGUCUUUUGGCCCCAUAUGUGUUUGCAUGGGACUUACUGUAAAGCACUUUGGGCCUUAAACCAAGAUAGAAAAGUGCGACAUGAGUAUAUGCCAACUUUUCAAGCAUAAAGUUAAACAAACUUGGUCUUUGAGUAAAAGUAUGUAACUUCUAUAUUUCAUGCCAAACCCCGACAAUCUUUUUUAGCUUUAAAGCAGCAGAAAACUCGUCCUGUCAAGUCAUAGCGUCAGUUUUCUCAAAACCUUUUCUUCUGUAACUUUUUUACAGAGAAACGAAGAACAGUGGAAGCUGUGCUGAGGAGCAGCUGUCUGGUGACAUCAUCACCUCCCUCUGUGGUCAGUCUGUUGACAUCACGUGCCUCAUGUGUGUCAACACAAAUGUUUUAAGCACUUCCAACACACAUAAUGCAGUGUGUUUCUUGUUUUGCAGUUGUUGAAAUGGAGGAGCUUUUAGAAGAACAUCACACCAAUCUAAAGAGGAGAUACAAACAUGUGACUGAAGGCACUGAAGAAGCAGGAAGAGGGACACUUUUCAAUUUGGUCUACACUGAACUCAUCAUCACAGAAGGUCUGAGGGAAGAGGUUAACACCCAACAUGAGGUGAAGCAGCUGGAGACAGCCUCCAAAACCAUCAUCUCCAGUGACGCUUCAAUCAGGUGCCAGGACGUCUUCAAAGGUUUACAUGACCAACAUGGAUCCAUCAGAGUGGUUCUGACGAGCGGUGUCGCUGGAGCUGGAAAGAGUUUCUCAGUGCAGAAGUUCAUUCUGGACUGGGCGGAGGGAUUGGAGAACCAAGACAUCAGUGUUGUGGUUCCUCUUUCCUUCAGGGAAGUGAAUUUGAUCAGAGAUGAGCAGCACAGUCUUCUCACUAUGAUACAGCUUUUCCAUCCGGCGCUGCAGAGGAUUCCAGCAGAACAGCUGGAUGUCUGUAAACUUUUGUUCAUCUUUGAUGGACUGGAUGAAAGCAGACUUUCUCUGGACUUCAACAGUGGUCAGGUGGUGUCUAAUGUGGCCCAGAAGACUUCAGUCAACGUGUUGCUGACUAACCUCAUCCAGGGACAUCUGCUUCCUUCAGCUCUGGUCUGGAUCACUUCCAGACCUGCAGCAGCCAGUCAGAUCCCUACGUCAUGUGUGGAUAGACUGACAGAAGUACAAGGUUUCAGUGAUGCUCAGAAGGAGGAGUACUUCAGGAAGAGAUUCCCAGAUGAAGAACUGUCCCACAAGAUGAUCUCCCACAUCAAGAGUUCCAGGAGCCUCUGCAUCAUGUGUGAAGUUCCAGUCUUCUGCUGGAUCACUGCUGUGGUUCUGGAGAAUGUGCUUUCCAAAAAGCGGAAAGGGGAACUUCCCACCACCCUGACUGACAUGUACUCACACUUCUUAAUGGUCCAAACACAACGGAAGAAGAACAAAUACCAGAAGGAAGACGAGUCAUGUCCACAGAAUGUGACAGAAGCUGACAGGGACGUUUUCCUGAAACUGGGAAAAUUGGCGUUUGAACAUCUGGAGAACGGAAACAUCAUGUUCUACCAAGAGGACCUGCAGCAGUGUGGUCUGGAUGUCACCGAGGCCUCUGUGUAUUCAGGAGUUUGUACUGAGAUCUUCAGAAGGGAGAGUGCUAUCUUCCAGAAAUCGAUCUACAGCUUCAUUCACCUGAGUGUUCAGGAGUUCCUGGCUGCAGUCUACAUGUUCCACUGUUACUCCAACAACACAACAGAGGUGACAGAAAACUUUUUAACACAUGAUAGAAACUCCACAGACUCUGGACUAAAUCUUUUACUGAGUAAUGCUUUGAAAAAAUCUAAAACUGACAAGAAAAAGGUCUUGACUUUGGACGAGUUUCUGAAAAGAGUGAUGGAGAAAUCCCUCCGAAGUGAAACUGGACAUCUAGACCUGUUGGUGCGCUUCCUUCAUGGCCUCUCUUUGGAAUCCAACCAAAAACUCUUGGGAAGCGUCCUGGGAAAAACAAGAAAAAAUCCAAAAGUGAAUCAGAAAGCAAUCAACAACCUUAGGCAGAUGAACGCUGAUGCAAUCUCUCCUGACAGAAGUAUCAACAUUUUCCACUGCCUGGUGGAAAUGAAGGACCUUUCUGUACACCAGGAGAUCAACAAGUUCCUAAAGUCAGAGAAGAGCUCAGAGAAGAAGCUCUCAGAGAUCCACUGCUCAGCGCUGGCCUACAUGCUGCAGAUGUCAGAGGAGGUUCUGGAUGAGUUGGACCUGAAGAAGUACAACACAACAAGUGAGGGUCGAUGGAGGCUCAUCCCAGCAGUGAGGAACUGUAGAAAGGCUCGGUGGGUCUACAGGAGAUACUCUUUGAUAACUCAGAUCAGAUUUCAGACCUCGCUUACCGGAGGAGCAUACCUGAUCACGGGUCACCUCUCGCCGUCUCGCUCGGACAACGAACUAGCCAUUCCUCCGACUCAGCUGACCCGGAGGGACUCCGCCUUGCCAUCGCUCAACAAGGAGUUAUUCCGCCGCCUGGACAGCAUCACGCACACCCUAGCCGGAUUUUCGGCCCAAGCUUCUAGCCCCAUCGCCGCUGCUACACCUCCCGCUUCGGAUGACAUCACCACCGUCACUUCCGUCUCCCCGGAGGAAAACAUCCGGUCGCAGCCGGAACCUUUUCACGGCGCUGCCAAAUUCCCAGAACAGGAGGAUGUUGACUUGUCUAAGGUUCCAUCCUGUUAUCAUGACCUCAAGACCGUGUUCAGUAAGUCUAAGGCCUGUGCUUUACCACCUCAUAGGCCUUAUGACUGCGCCAUUGAACUCCUCAGUGGAGCCCCCCUUCCCAAGGGUAGGUUAUUUAAUCUGUCUGGACCUGAGAAACUCUCCAUGGAGAGUUACAUUCAGGAGGCGCUCUCUCUCGGUCACAUCCGCCCUUCCACGUCUCCUGUUGGAGCGGGAUUUUUCUUCGUUGAGAAAAAGGAUAAGACCCUCAGACCCUGUAUUGACUACCGAGAGCUAAACCAAAUAACGGUAAAGGAUAAAUACUCUCUUCCCCUUAUUUCUUCCGUCUUCGACUCCGUCCAGGUAGCCAACAUUUUCACGAAACUAGAUCUGCGUAACGCAUACCAUCUCGUUAGGGUUCGAGAGGGGGACGAGUGGAAAACCGCCUUUAAUACCCCUCUCGGACACUAUGAAUACUUAGUCAUGCCCUUUGGUCUCACCAACGCCCCUGCCAUCUUUCAACGGCUCGUAAACGACGUCCUGCGGGACUUUCUUAACCGCUUCGUCUUCAUCUAUCUGGAUGAUAUCCUCAUCUACUCCAAUAACCCAGUUGAACAUCGUCAUCACGUCCGGCUUGUCCUCGAGCGUUUAUUGGAGAACAAGCUUUUUGUUAAAUCUGAAAAAUGCGAGUUCCAUGUCGAUUCUGUAGCGUUUUUAGGUUACAUUCUCGAGGCUGGCCAAAUCAAACCAGACCCUUCAAAACUACGAGCCGUGUCUGAGUGGGAAGUUCCCCAGUCUCGCAAAAAACUACAACAGUUUCUGGGUUUCGCCAACUUUUAUAGGAGAUUCAUAAGAAAUUAUAGUAGCAUCGCAGCCCCACUCACUCAGCUUACCUCCAUCAAGGUUCCCUAUGUUUGGAACAACGCUGCUGACUCUGCCUUCCAUGAACUUAAAGAACUGUUUACUUCAGCCCCCAUCCUCAUACAACCUGAUCCUCACAAGCAAUUUAUUGUUGAAGUAGACGCCUCGGACUCUGGGGUAGGGGCUGUGUUAUCCCAGCGUGAAUCACCUUCCGGCAAACUCAAACCCUGUGCCUUUUUUUCAAGAAAACUCAAUCCUGCUGAGCGUAAUUACGACGUCGGCAACCGGGAGCUACUGGCCAUCAAGCUGGCACUGGAGGAAUGGAGACAUUGGUUGGAGGGGGCAGAACAACCGUUUAUUGUGUGGACUGACCACAAGAACCUGGCCUACCUCCGUUCAGCCAAGAGACUCAACUCCAGACAGGCCCGUUGGUGUCUGUUUUUCGACAGGUUUAAUUUUACCAUCACCUAUCGUCCAGGCAGCAAAAACGGCAAACCCGAUGCCCUGUCCCGAAAAUACAGCACCACCGACGGAUCUGCUACACCACCCAUUAUUCCGGACUCUCUAUUUGUGGGCAACCUCACGUGGGACAUAGAAGCGAGAGUGCAACAGGCCCAAGGUGAGAAACCCGAUAAUACUAACUGCCCGCCUGGUACCCUGUUUGUACCCGAUAGGCUCAGGUCUGAUGUCAUCACCUGGGGCCAUUCGUCUAAGAUCGCUUGCCACGGUGGGGUUCGCCGCACCCUCAUGCUCCUUAAACGCCGUUUCUUCUGGCCUUCCAUGGAAAGCGACGUACGCGAAUACGUCUCUGCCUGUACCACCUGUGCCAGGGCCAAGUCAUCCAACUCACCUCCUGCUGGUCAUCUCCAUCCUCUGUCUACGCCCAGCCGACCCUGGUCACACAUCGCCGUUGAUUUUGUCACUGGACUGCCUCCUUCUCAUGGUUACACGGUCAUUUUUACCAUCAUUGAUCGUUUUUCUAAAUCUGCUCAUUUCAUUCCCCUCUCUCAACUGCCCACAGCCACCGAAACAGCCCAGAUCCUGAUUAAUUUUGUUUUCCGUCAUCAUGGCAUACCAUCCGACAUCGUGUCUGACCGGGGUCCACAGUUCACGUCCCAGGUCUGGAAGGCCUUUUGCUCCGCCCUCGGGGCCUCCGUCAGCCUCUCGUCGGGGUAUCAUCCCCAAUCUAACGGCCAGGCCGAAAGGGCCAAUCAAGAACUUGAGGCUUCCCUACGCUGCCUGGUGGCCCAGAAUCAAGGGGAUUGGUCGGAUUACCUCGUAUGGGUGGAGUACGCUCACAACAACCAUCCUUCGGCAGCGACGGGUAUGUCACCUUUCGAGGCAUCGUUGGGUUACUCACCACCCUUGUUCCCUACCCAGGAGCUCGAUCUGGCGGUGCCCUCCGUGCAGUUCCAUCUCCAGCGCUGCCAGGAGGUUUGGCACCAGGCUCGGACUGCUCUCCUGCGUUCCAAAGAGAGUAACUGCCAGAUCGCGAAUCGUCACCGAGUGGUGAGUCCCUCUUACCAGCCGGGGCAACAGGUGUGGCUCUCUUCUAGGAACAUUCCUCUCCAGGCAACCUCUCGUAAAUUGGCUCCCCGCUACAUCGGGCCUUUUCCCAUCGACCGUGUAAUCAACCCCAACUGUGUCCGCCUCAAGUUACCUGCUGCCCUCAAAAUCCAUCCUUCAUUUCAUGUGUCCCAAGUCAAGCCUGUCCACCAAAGCUCCCUUUGCCCGCCGUCCGCUUCCCCUCCACCCGCCCGGCUCAUCGAUGGCGCCCCGGCCUACACCGCCAGCCGGGUCUUGGACGUUCGGCGCCGGGGUCGUGGAUACCAGUACCUGGUGGACUGGGAGGGUUAUGGCCCGGAGGAGCGGUCGUGGGUCCCGCGCUCCUUCAUCUUGGAUCCCUCCCUCGUUGACGACUUCUUCCGGGCCAACCCCGAUCGCCGCCCUCUGGGUUCAUUCCAACAUCUCCCUGUCUCUGCCUUCAGACUUUCUGACUGUGGACUCUUAAAUACUCACUGUGAGGUUGUGGCUUCCGCUCUGAAGUCCAGCCCAUCCCAUCUGACAGAGCUGGACCUGAGCGGGAACGCCCUUCAGGAAUCUGCAUUGAAGAUUCUGUCUGCUGGACUGGGGAGUCCAAACUGCAAACUGGAGACUUUGAGGUUAGAAAAAGUGCUUGCUUCUCAUUUACAGUCAGCCGGUCAGGUUGAGGCUUUGUGUUGGAAUCAGCUCAGGUUUUGCAGCAGAGGAGAGUUGUUCAGAAGAGCGUUGGGGUUCAAAGACAGAACCCAUCAGAGAGAUUCAUUUGCAGAUUUCCACAAAAUUUGUCUUAGAAUUUCUUUCCUCUUCAGGUUGGUGGACUGCAGUUUGUCAGAGAUCAGCUUUGCUGCUCUUGGUUCGGCUCUCAAGUCCAACCCGUCCCACCUGACAGAACUGGACCUGAGCAGGAACAGGCAGCAGGGUUCUGGAGCCAAGCAUCUGUCUGAGUUUCUGGAGAGUCCGGAAUCCAAACUACAGAUUCUGAGACUUUCUGAAUGUGGACUUUCACCGACAGCCUCUGCAGCUGUGGCUUCAAGUAUGAAGUCCAACCCAUUCCAUCUGACCAAACUGGACCUCAGCGGGACCCACCUGCAUGACUCUGAAAUGAAGAUUCUGUGUGCGGUGCUGGAGAGCCCACACUGCAGACUGGGGACCCUGAGAUUGGAGAACUGCAAUUUGUCAGAGAUCAGCUUUGCUGCUCUGGGUUCGGCUCUCAAGUCCAACCCGUCCCACCUGACAGAACUGGACCUGAGUGGGAACAGGCUGCAGAUUUCAGACGUGAAGCACCUGUCUGCGUUUCUGAAGAGUCCAGAGUGCAAACUUCAGAUUCUAAGACUGAAAGACUGUAGUUUGUCAGAGAUCACCUGCACAGCUCUGGGCUCGGCAUUGAGGUCCAACCCAUCCCAUCUGACAGAACUGGACCUGAGCAACAACUGUAACCUGCAGGACUCUGGAGUGAAGCAAGUGUUGGGGGUUCAGAGGAGAAGCAGACUGAGGACUCUGAGGUUGUGGAACUGUGGCUUGUCAAAGAUCAGCUGUGCAGCACUGGAAUCAGUUUUGAAGUCCAGCUCAUCCAAUCUGACAGAGCUGGACCUGGCGGGAAACAAGCUCCACCAUUCAGAUGUUGUGCAGCUCCUGAGUAUGAUGAACAAUUCCAAGUACAAACUGAGGACCUUCAGAUGGUAGUGGAUGUGAGAGGCGGAGCUUCUCCUGAUGAUCCACAGAGGUGAAGAUAAACCCAACUUCUCUUCUAGAAGGUGGGGGUAAUGCAUGAAGAAGAGCAACAGAUGAUAUAAACAGAUCUGGGAUCAGGUUGGACUGCUGAUGAUGUUUGCAUUAGCUUUGAAGUUCUAAAACCGUUUUAAUUUCAACUAUUGGUGAGCGCCAUCUUUGUUCUGAAUUGUUCCCGUUUCAUAGAACUCUGUAGGUCUGAACUCAAUGACCGUUUUGUAGUUGUUUGCAUCAGUCAGUGGAUCCAUCUUUGCUGUGAGAAAACAUCUAAACACGAAUGCGACUCUGACCUGCUGUCAUUGUCUGUUCCGUUUUCUUCUGUUGAAAACAUGUUAUUAAACCAUUGAAUCCUGUGUUUAA